AUGCCAUCUCCUCUUCCCAACAGCCGCUUCAAACUGAAACUCAUCCUCCUCUCCGGCGCCUCCGGCACGGGCAAGUCCACCACAGCCUACGAGCUCUGCCACCGCCUGCGCCAGCACCCGCGCAGAACCAUGCAUGUGCACAUCGACGCCGAUUGUUUGGAUGCCAUGUACCCGCGGAACGACGACGCCGGGCUGAUGCUGAGGGCCUUGGAGGCGCUUUGGGGUGUGCUUUGGGAGGAGGUUUGGGGGCGGUGGGUCGAUCAUGGGGCAGUGCGGGCCACGGGUGCGGAUGACGGAGAGGCUGGACCGGUGGGAGGGCUGGGAGUGGCGGUGCUGGUCAUCAGUGGGACGGCAGUUGUGUUGGAGUUGCAAAGGAUUCGGGACGUUGUUGUGAGCGUGUGUGCGGGCCAGAUGAGGGGGCUGGAGAUCGAGGUGCUGCCGGUGGUCUUGCACGCGGAAACAGUCGUGGUGGAGGAGAGGCUGAGAGGGAGGGUGUUGGGUGAGGAGCUGCAGGAGCAUUUGGACAGUAGUCGGGAGUUCAGGGCCUUGUUGAGGGACUGGACUGCCCCGGUUGGGAUUGAGGUUAGGAGAGUGGACAGUGGCAGGCCCUUGCUGGAUGUGGUGGAAGAGGUGUUGGCGGUAAGUGGACUGUGA